AUGAUUGAUAUAUAAAAUGCCACACUUGCAGGAGGGGUGGCAAUGGGAACUUGUGCAAAUAUUCAUAUUUUACCGGUUUAUUCGAUUGCUAUUGGGGUAAUUUCUGGGUGUGUUUCGAUUUAUUGCUAUGCAAAAUUAUAGGGAAUUCUUGAAAGGAAAAUUAGGCUACAUGAUAGUUGUGGAGUUCUUAAUUUGCAUGGAUUGCCUGGAUUCCUUGGAGCUGUUUUUGGAGUUAUUGCUUGUUUAGGAAUACAUUAGGGUUUUGAUAAAAAUAAUUAAAAGGAAAUGUCUUUACUUUUAGAAGUUUUUUUGAAAGCAAACGAAUCAUGGUGGAAUUUAAGGCAAUAAGCGCUUAUUUAAUGUGAAUACAUAUUUAUUUCUUUAGGAAUUAGUAUUAUUACUGGUAUUUUUAGUGGGAUUAUUAUCAAUUAUUUGGGAAAAUCACCUAAAUUAUUGUUUGAUGAUAAUGAAAAUUUCAGAAUUCCUUCAGUACAUUAUGAAGAAGCUGAUAAGUUUUAUACUAAAAUUUAAAUGCUUAUGAAAUAAUAAAAUUUUGGAGAUAAUCAAAUUGGAAAUGAUGAAAAUUUCAAAAAACAAUUGCUCUAAAAUUUACUUAAUAGUGAAGAUAAAUAAACUUAAAAUAGUAUUAAUAAUAAAAAAAAUUAAGUACAGAAUGAUGAUAAUUGA